AUGUGCUCGAUAACAUUCUCGCAUUAUGAAAGAAGAACAGUACUGAUCAAGAAUAGACUGGCGCUUGUCACCACGUCAGCUCCUAACGAUGUUCCGAAGGAACUUAUGGCGAGCGAUUGCUGUGCAGGUACGCCCGAAUCAAUUGAUGCCAUUUUAUCUGGCCGGCUCUCUAACAUAUGGACCCAAAGGCAAAGCAUCAAAGGCGAGGCCGGCGAGACUUUCGAAACCACCAGCUUGUUAGUAAGAGCCAUCAACCUGUUUAGCUACACAGGGUUCAAAGGUCUUGUCAUCGAGUUGCAUUCUGCAGAAAAUGCCACGGAAGAGGAUUUCAAGAAAGGUGUGGACGUGACACGAAAUAUACUGAAAGAGCUGGGCAUGACUGACAUCAAGGUCUCAGGUGAGCAGCUCGAUCCCUUGCAAAGCGACUUCAUAUCUGACCUGGCGUACCAGUAUGUUCGAGUCUUAGAAUUUUAA